AUGAUUUCCACAAUUGCCUCUAAAUUUUACCGGGACCAUCUGGCAACACUGCCACACUGGUGUCAGUUGUCUGCUGGACAGCACCAGAGGAGGAUGGGUUGUGACGCGCUCUUGCCGGGCCUCGGGGAUUUUGAAUAUGUUAUAACUGUCGUGGGACUCCUCACUGUGAUUAAGUUCGUGGCCCAAAUACUGUGGGCCGUGGGCACUGGCGUACGGGCAUACUUCUGGUCCAGGCUGUGGCAGAAGCAGCUGGUGGAGACGUACGGCAAGUGGGCAGUGGUGACGGGCAGCACUGAUGGCAUUGGGAAGGAGUACGCCAAGGAGCUGGCCAAGAGAGGCAUGAACCUGGUCCUCAUAUCACGUUCCAUGGACAAAUUGCAGAAGGUCUCCACAGAAAUUGUUCAGGAGUUUGGUGUGGAGACAGAGGUGGUGCAGGCAGAUUUCAUGAAUGGACGCCCCAUUUAUGAAGACAUUGCCAAGCACUUGCAGGACAAAGACAUAGGAGUCCUUGUGAACAAUGUUGGGGUGAUGCUGUCACACCCCAUGGAGUUUGAGCUGGCCUCUGAGAAGGAUAUCUGGAGCCAUGUCAAUGUCAAUGUGGCCUCAGUGCCAGCCAUGUCCAAGUUAGUGCUGCCGGGCAUGCUGAGUCGUGGCCGAGGUGCCGUAAUCAACUUGGCCUCCAUCGCCGGCUUCCACCCGAUCCCUCUCAUGGGCAUCUAUUCUGCUACCAAGGCAUUUGUUGACUACUUCUCCCAAGCCAUGGAGUGGGAGUACCGUGGCUCUGGCAUCACUGUGCAGACCCUCACCCCCUCCUAUGUCUCCACCAAUAUGACCAAGUUCUCUGAGCUCGUCCAUAAGCCUGGCUUGUUUAUUCCCACUGCUGCAACAUACGCUGCCAGUGCCAUACACACCCUUGGCUAUGCUGGUCGCACUGCAGGUUACUGGGCUCACUGCAUUCAGACUUACUUGGUGGAGAACUUUGUCAACUCGUGGAUGUUCAUGCUGGGCAACUACCUGUGGAACUCCUUGCUGUUGCGCACCAUGAAGAAGAAUCAGGCCACCAGCCGAGGAUAGCAAGUGGCAGUGUGUCCAGGUGUUAUUGCAAGGCUGUGUGGAGCUCCUUGGACGUGUCUCUCAUAGUCGUUCUCUCCUCUGCCUUCCUCACUUUUAAGUUACCUAAAAAGUCAUAGUCCGCUCUCAACAAAGGAGUCUGGUCAAGGAAUGAAGUAGGUGUUUAGACUGCCAUUCAUCUAGUUUUUAGAAUGUUUUGUAAGUGUACCUGUCCACCAUGACGAAGUGUUCUUAAUCCUGAAGCAUAGUUGUUUCCAGCCUUGGUUGGCCCUACUGGACAGAACAUGUACUCUUGUGUCUAGUGAUUACCAGCUUUUCACCAUUUUCAAGACAUCCACAAACUUGCGGAGUGCUUCAUUGGAAGGAAAAAUAUAAUCAAAUUAUGUUAUGGGUCCAUUUUUGGGGUGAUGAAGUCUUCUUAAAAGAACAACAAAGAUGGCCAAGUGAAUCCAACAUGACUGCUGUAUGAAACUCAUCCUGUUAGAAUUUGUAUGCAUAUUUGUGUUUCUCAAGAACCUGUGGGAUGUAUCAAUGCCAACUGAAAAGUUCAGUUGCUUUAGUUAAUUUAAACCAGUUACAUGGGAAGGGAGGAACAUCAAUAAACAUUUCCUUCACUGUGUAUUGGAGAAAAAUAGAUGAUAGAUCAGUAAUUUUGUGACCCUCUCAUCUUAUAGCUGCUUCAUAAUUUUAAAGCUAGAAAUUUUAUCAGCUAAAAUUUGACAUCUGUUUAUACCUAUGCACCAGACCAAUUUUCCUUAUAAAGCAGGAUAAUUUAGACAAUUAUGACUUCACUUUUACAUGCAUUCUCUCAAUUCACAUCUAGGCCUCUAGGAGAGAGAAGUGAUCCUCACUAGCCACAGUUUUGUCUGGGUGUGUUACACACCAUGUCCAGAUCUCCCCACAUCAGGUCUGACAGCAAGCAGUGCUAGCCUGGUUCUGCCAGAACAUAAAAGACUCAACUUUUCCAAACCUGAUCUGAUCCGCUGAUUGGACGAGAAAUGGUAGAACAUAAUUGAAGUAGUUUAAAAUUUUGGUACGCUUUAAUAGAUACACAUUUUAAAAUUCUUUUACUCGAGGUGAUUUUAUGAUAUUUGCAGUGUAAUGUGGAGAUUUAAGAAACUGAAGUGUUGUAUUGUAAUUAUAAAUGUAAUUUAUUCUCACCAGUUUUAAGGAAUUUGUUUGAUAGUAGAAACCAUGUCAUAUUUAUCAAAUACAGAUAUUGUGCAACCUUUAGGCUCUCAGUGAGAGGUUCUCCUCAUAUUUGAUCUGAUUAGCUGAUCAGGUUAAAUGCAGGGAGUGGGGAUUGGUACAGCAGCAAUAAACCAACUCAGUUGUCAGACUUUGGCACAGAGAUAUUUACUGCACUUAUUAUUUUAAUACAGUGAGGUUGGUGAGGACUGGUCCUUUCUUCCCCAGGGAUCUAGAAGCUAAGGUGUGGGGAAUGCUUGUGAAUGUGAGUACUAUAUAUAUGUUCUCUCACUUGUCUCCUUUAAAGGGGAUGUUGUCCAGGUAUAUAGGUAUACAUAGGCUAUCUAUAUUCAUAUUUAUCUGAUGCUUUUACCUGUUACACAGAUUUCCAUCACCCUUACCAUCUUUUCCUCACACAUCAAAGGCACUUAUCAGUUCAUUCAUUUAGUAUCUUGGAUCCUUUGUCUUUCCAACUUUUCUCAAGAAUCUUCAGUCUGUAUAAUUUCCAAUGUUUGUUUAUACUACCAUUUUCCUUUUAGAUUGAGACAGUUGAUGGUUUUUGUUCAGUUUCCUGGUGCCCUCUCUGUCUCCCAUCCUAUCCCACAUUCUGUGCACCUGUUCAGUCACACCUCCCUUAUACUUAAACAUUUUAUCUAUAAUUUCAUCCAGAGUUGGUGCCUUUCUGUUCUUCAGAUAUCCAGUUGUUCUUGUCAUCAGGGUACAGUACUCGAUAGAUAAGAUGAGAUGGGUGGAGAGAUGAGAGAUCUGGUUGUGAAAAGCUUGUGCAUCAUACAAUCACUUGCAAGAUUCAUGAAAGGGAAAAACAUGUUUAUAAAUGUAAAGAGAAGUUUAAAGAGUAGUGUUCUCCUGCCAACACUAAUGUAUGGAUGAGAGACCUAUAGGUGGAAUAGAGUACAAUAACGAAGAGUGUGUGCUGUGGCAGUGAGUUAUCUGGGAGGUCCAUGUGGAGUAACAAGAUGUGAGUGUGAGAGCAGUAAAAGUGAGUAUGAGAGGUGUGGUAUGAGUGCCCAUGCAAGUGGUAUAAAUUGCAGAGUGGUGGAAUAGAUUGAAAGAAACACAUUGUGAUGGUGUGGCUGUAUUGAGAAGAGGAUAAGGGAAAAGUUUGUAAAGAAAGUGUAUGUAAGCAAAGUUGGUGCUAAUAGAAGAGUAAGGCCACUUGGAAGAUGGAAGGAUAGGGUAAGGGAAUAUAUGUGUGCAAGAGGUGUUAGUAGAGUUCAAGUGCUUGAACUUGAAAGAGUAGAAUGGCAGGAUAGGGAACAAUGGAGGUUCCUCUGCUAUGGCCACCCACUAAAAGGAGCCAUGUGUCAGACAUAGAUAGGUAGAUACAUAAAAACAUGCAUAGAUGUCACCUUUUGUAUUUUCUCUUGUUCAUGUACAUAAUCUCUGAGCACCACCUUUCAUUUCCAUAUAUGUCACCAAUGCUUCACCUUCAUUCUUUUAUAGUCAUCAGAUUUUCAAAAUAGCCCAGCCAUCUUGUCACAUCCUUUUUUUUUCUCCUCUCAUGACAUCCUCCUGUCCUCAUCUUUCACCUUGUUUCCUUCAUUGUUUGAAUUCAUAAAUCUUUUCUUAGCUUUUCCUUAGCUUCCCUCCAUUAUAGCCUUCUAUCUUCUAUAUGUCUUGUUCAGUUGUGUUCAAAAAUUUUCAUUGAUUAUUUUUUUUAUUUUCUUGUAUCACUUGUUUCACACUCAUUUACACUGCAAAUUUCCUUUUCCCCCUACAUUUAUUCUCUAUAGUACAUUUCUUUCUUUGUUGCACACACCUCUUUCCUGUCACUGUUACCUUGUCUGUUGUAUAUACCCUUACUUCUUUUCUGCUUUUAUCUUCACCUUUGCACUCAAUAACUUUUUGAAGGUCUGAAAAAAUGUUCUUAGCAUUUGCAUCAUCAUUUAUAUUCUCAUGUCCAUCAUUCAUUAUUUCAGUCACUGUUUGUUGUCCUCUCUCACCCCUUUGUCUCUGAAUCUUUUGAUCCUGAGCCUCUUUUCACUCUCUGUAUUCAUUCUCUUUCUAACCUUUCAUCCAUCACUUUGCAUUAGCCUGUGUCUUUUUGUAAGAUUGUCUGGUUUUGUAUGUUAAAGCUGCAAAUAUUGUGCCUUUGGUAUUAGGGUUAAUAAGCUUUUAAGUAUGAAAGUGCUUUUUGUAAUUACUCUUAUCUGAAGUAUGCUAAUCAAGGAAGUGAUUCUGUGAUAGAGUUGUUACUGAAACUGAGGAGCACAGAGGAGGUAAAGAAAGACUUAUCAGUCAUUAAGGUUUGAAUUUCCAGUGUCCUUCAGUUCUUAACUAGUAUACAAACAAAUAGGUAGUAUAUUUUCAUUUAUAAGUCUUAUAAAGUGUAAACAAUAUACUGUAUUAUUAUAAAGUAGUAAUAAGGCUGGAAGCUUGCAUUGUAUGAUGUUUAUUUUUUGUUAUUAUGCAAAGACCAUCUAGGCUUUUCUGUUUUUUCUGUUUAUGUAUCUAUCCCUCUAAGUGUUGUGGCCACGGCAAGGACCUUUUACUUCUCCCUGUCCAAACAGUCCUUUCUUGCUCCCUAUGAGUAUUAGCACCGGCCCUCACCACAGGUGUUUCCCCUGCAGUCCUUAUUCCUUCCAAGUGAAUUUCCUCUCCUGUUGGCACUUUUCUUGUCACAUUUUUGUGUGUUUUCUUCAGAGUAAAUUUUUACUAGAUCUAUUUUUUUGUCAUAUGUAUUGUUUAAUGACUAUAAAUAUUAUAGAUAUUAUAAUAGUAACUUUUACUGUGUAUUUUUACAUAUAAAUAUUUCAUUAGAAAUCACAGCAUAUGAAUAUAUUUUUUAUACAUUAUUGUAAAUUUCCCUAAGAAUUGUAUAUAAAAACUUGUGUCAAAAACAUUACAUGUCACACCCAAGUGACUUUUAUAACAUGACAUCAUUAACACAACAUUAUUUGUGUGUCAGCACAUCUGUUGCACACAUGAUGUGCCCCUGUACUGUGUGAGAUGCUCCUGCAUUAUUUCUGAAAUUAUUUAUAUUAUAACUUACAUUCUCUUUCAACUUACCACUUCCUGUCAUUGUUACAAGCUUAUUAAUGAAGUCUGCCCUGUAUUUU